CAUCUCUCCCCCCACUCUCUCUCCAUCUCCCUCCCUCUCUCCCCAUCUCUGUCUGCAACAUGAAGCAAGUAUGUCUAACGCGCCGAACGAGAAUCUUCAAGAUGUCCGACACCGCUGGGAAGCAGCCAAGCAUCGUUACCAUAUUCGCGAUCUGGAACACGAUGAUGGGAACCUCCAUCCUGAGCAUGCCCUGGGCUUUGACACAGGCUGGGCUGACGCUGGGAGUCCUCAUGAUGAUCUCCAUGGGGUUCCUGGCCCUCUACAGCUGUUACCGCAUUCUCAACUCACCCAGUACAAUUGAGGGCCCCGUGGGCUGUGGCUUGGACUACCCCGAUGUCUGCCACCACUACUUCGGCCGUGCGGGUCGCGUCCUCUGCCUCGCCUUCUCCAUGACAGCGCUGGGCGGAGCCAUCAUCAUCUACUGGGUGCUCAUGAGCAACUUCCUAUACAACACGGGGGUUUUCCUUCACCAUAAGAUCCAUGGACUCAACGUCUCAACUGUCGAGGAGUUCAGAAAUCACUCCCUGCCAGUUCUAUGCCGGAGUCUCCACUCGAAGCCCAGCAUGGAGGUCAGAGACAUCACCAACAUCACCACCAGCACAGGCCCAGUGGCCGUGCUCGCCGUAGCGAACUCCGCGUGGAGCUUUGAGCGGCUCUGGAACCUCCGCGAGACGGUGCCUCUGUACCUCGUGGUGCUCAUCAUGCCCCUACUCAACUUUAAAUCAGCACUCUUCUUUACGAGAUUCAACAUCCUGGGCACACUGUCCGUACUGUACCUGGUUGUCUUGGUGACGGUGAAGGCGUCACAGUGGGGGGGCGUUCACCUCCGCACCACGUGGUUCAACAGCGAUGACGAAUACUUCAUACCCGAGUUUAACGUCAACUUCCCGGUGAUGAGUGGCGUCCUCACUCUCGCCUACUUCAUCCACAACUGCGUCAUCACGCUGCUCAAGAACAACCGGCACGCACACCACAAUGUUCGUGAUCUGGCCGUGGGAUACUUGCUGGUGGGGAGCACGUACCUCUAUGUAGGUAGUGUGGUGUUCAUCUGCUUCCCAUCACUACCACCACUGUCUAAGCGGUGUAUCGAACAGAACUUUCUGGACAAUCUUCCCAGCGAUGAUUUCAUGGCUGUGGCGGCGAGGAUUUUUUUGCUCUUCCAGCUCACGACGGUCUAUCCACUGUUGGCUUACAUGGUGCGGGUUCAGCUACUCACUCACUUCUUCGGUGACCCUUACCCCAGUCUGCUGCACGUGCUGGGGCUGAACGUGCUGCUGGUGCUGCUGGGGGUGCUCGUGGCGAGAUUCUACCCCAACAUCGGCUCCAUCAUUCGGUACUCAGGCGCUCUGUGCGGGCUGGUCUUCGUCUUCGUCUUCCCGUGCCUCAUCCACCUCAUCUCUCGCCGCCGUCUGGGCUCCCUCUCCGUGCCCUCGGCCGUCUUCCACCUCCUCGUCAUGGCGCUGGGCGUGGCCAACCUCGUCGCUCAGUUCCUCGUCUGAGCGGUGGGCCGCGGUGACGUCGCUUCCUGUGCGGUGGCAACGUCACUUCCUGUGCGGUGAUGGUGUCGCUUCCUGUGCGGUGGUGGUGACGUCACUUCCUGUGCGGUGGUGGUGCCACUUCCUGUGCGGUGGUGGUGACGUCACUUCCUGUGCGGUGGCGGUGACGUCGCUUCCUGUGCGGUGGUGGUGUCACUUCCUGCAAUAUCACAUGACGGUGAUGUCACUUCCUGUAUGAUGGUGAUGUCACUUCCUGGGAUAUCACACAACAUCGGCGAUGUCACUUCCUGCAAUACCACACAAUGGAAGGUAUGUCACUUCCUGUGACACAACACAACGGCGGUGAUGUCACUUCCUGUAAUGCCACACAAUGGAAGUGAUGUCACUUCCUGUGACACAACACAACGGCGAUGAUGUCACUUCCUGCAAUACCACACAUCUAUGGCGAUGUCACUUCCUGCGACACCACACAACGGCGGCGAUGUCACUUCCUGCGACACAACACAACGGCGGUGAUGUCACUUCCUGCGACACCACACAACGGUGGUGAUGUCACUUCCUGCGACACAACACAAUGGCGGUGAUGUCACUUCCUGUAAUACCACACAAUGGAAGUGAUGUCACUUCCUGCGACACAACACAACGGCGGCGAUGUCACUUCCUGCGACACCACACAACGGUGGUGAUGUCACUUCCUGCGACACAACACAACGGCGGCGAUGUCACUUCCUGUGACACAACACAACGGCGGCGAUGUCACUUCCUGUGACACAACACAACGGCGGUGAUGUCACUUCAUGCGACACAACACAACGGCGGUGAUGUCACUUCCUGCGACACAACACAACGGCGGUGAUGUCACUUCCUGCGACACAACACAACGGAAGUGAUGUCACUUCCUGCGACACAACACAACGGCGGCGAUGUCACUUCCUGCGACACAACACAACGGCGGCGAUGUCACUUCCUGCGACACAUCACAACGGCGGCGAUGUCACUUCCUGCGACACAACACAACGGCGGUGAUGUCACUUCCUGUAAUACCACACAAUGGAAGUGAUGUCACUUCCUGCGACACAACACAUCUAUGGCGAUGUCACUUCCUGCGACACAACACAACGGCGGUGAUGUCACUUCCUGCGACACAACACAACGGUGGGAAUGUCACUUCCUGUAAUACCACACAAUGGAAGUGAUGUCACUUCCUGCGACACAACACAACGGCGGUGAUGUCACUUCCUGCGACACAACACAACGGCGGUGAUGUCACUUCCUGCAAUACCACACAUCGAUGGUGAUGUCACUUCCUGUGACACAACACAACGGCCGUGAUGUCACUUCCUGCGACCCAACACAAUGAGCAUGACGCCACCGCCUGCCGACCCCCAAACAAUGGCGGUGACGUCACCUGCGAUGUCACUUCCUGCGACGCCACACAACGGCGGUGAUGUCACUUCCUGUUGCGCAAUAAUGGAUUUUUUUCCUCCCGGGGGGCUCGCCACGUGCGGUGGUCCGACAUGUCUCGUCACAGACACAAAGGCAAAGAUCCCCCGUGUAGCCUGUAACAGACUGUAGGGGCAAGUGCUGUUAGUAGCGAGUAGCAGCAGCAGCCUGUGAAAGCUACCGGCACUGUGGCUACACACAGACAG